AUGUUCCGCAGAGUCACUCGUUCAUCUGCGAGGCUCGCAGCAGAGUCUGGCGCCCCGACCACCACCAACCCAGCCGAUCCUCCCCAACCCUCAAAUCCUCGUCCUGUCUCAUCCAAGAAACGUAAGGCCCCGAGCCGUCGAGCAUCCAGCCCCACCGACCACUCAGACGAGACGAACCCUGCAUCCCAUCGACGGGGAAAGAGACAGAAGUUGGCUGAGCCCCCGCAAGCUCAACCUCCAACCGCACAAAUCUCUUCUCGAUCAAGUAGGAGAAGAUCCGCCACCAACGAGCCGGCGAUGUCUAAUAAUGGGUGGGCCUUCAUACAUGAUGCCAUCGCCGAGGCGGCAGCUAAAGGGUCUAGGUCAUCUUCCAAAUACGCCGACGAGUCUCCGAAACAGAUAUCUUCAAAGUCGAGUUCGAAACGACCGCCUAGCAGAAAUAACAAGAAGACAUCAUCAGACGUUUCGCCUCCAACCCAAACGCCGCCCUCUCGCAGACAGAAGAAACGUUCGAGCAAGAAGGACCAAGAUGUUUCCAUGAAAGAAGACGAAGAGGACGAGGAAAAAUUUCCCAGAAGAGAAAAUGACACGCCACCACCUAAUCGUGACGACAGCGAGAGCAACGACGGAGACGACCCGAGCCUCAUGGAAGACGAUGAGGCUCCCGAUCCAUUCUCUGCAGCCUUGUUUGGCUCAGGCCGUGGGCCUCCCUCAGGAUUGUCAAGUACAUUACGAGCCUUGAGCGGAAUGAUGAGUGGAAUGUCAUCAAGACUGAGAGAUAUUUUGAACAAUCUUCGACAAGCAGACAACCCAACCAUGCAAAUGCUCGCUCUUGAGGAGUUGUCCAACUUGCUGCUGGUCUCCAACGAAGACAACCUCUCAGGGCAGUUUUCGCCAGAUCCUUACGUCAAAGAGCUCGUGGCCUUGAUGCAACCCAAUCCCGUCACGGGCGAGGAGAACCCCGAGAUGAUGCUUCUGGCUUGCCGUUGCAUUGCCAAUUUGAUGGAAGCUUUACGAGGCUCGGUUGCCAAUGUGGUUUAUGGUGGUGCAGUCCCUGUCCUGUGUCAGAAAUUGCUUGAUAUUCAGUACAUCGACGUUGCCGAGCAAGCCUUGAGCACGUUGUCCAAAGUGUCGGUCGAUUUCCCAGGAUCCAUCGUCCGCGAAGGUGGCUUAACCGCUUGUCUACAAUUCCUUGAUUUCUUCGCCACGGGUACGCAGCGGACUGCUGUUACUACUGCGGCAAAUUGCUGUCGUAACAUUCCACACGAUUCUUUCCCAGUUAUACGAGACGUCAUGCCGAUCCUCCUGAACGUUUUGUCAAGUCACGACCAAAAGGUCGUCGAGCAAGGCUGCCUCUGUGUCACUCGAGUUAUCGAUAGUUUCAAGCACAGCGCGGACAAACUCGAGCAAUUGGUUGACCCACCAUUGCUCCGAGCAAUCCUAGGACUGCUUCUCCCCGGUACUACCAACCUCAUUGGAACCAAUAUUCAUACCGAAUUUCUUCGAGUGCUUGCAAUCGUGGCCCGGGCAAGCCCUCGACUAUCGACAGAACUGCUCAAGAUGAAUGUCGUCGAUACAUUGUACCAGAUUCUUACUGGAGUUUCUCCUCCAUCCGAAACUGCGGGCGCCGCCUCCAAAAUUGACAGCGUCGUCAUUAUGCAAGCGUUGAUCCAUAGACCUCGGGAGCAAGUGUAUGAAACUUUGAACAUCAUCUGCGAACUCCUACCACACCCCAAACUUUCCAAGAACUCAGACUUCGAGUUUUAUGAGGACAUAAACGACGAUGUUUCCGAUGAUGAUGAUGAUGGAACGCGAGUUGGAAAGACAUCGCGAACUGACAAGAGGCUACAAUUGCUUGAAGACUGCAAAGAAGAGACUCGCCGAUUUGCGACAAUCCUUUUGCCCACACUGACAGAUGCGUAUUCCAGCACUGUGAAUUUGAGUGUUCGACAAAAGGUUCUGAUCGCUCAGUUGAAGAUUCUUUCCAACCUCGAAACCCGUGUCAUUGAAGAAGCGCUUCGACCUGUACCGUACGCAUCGUUCCUCGCAUCGAUAUUGUCUCAAGAGGAUCAUCCCACUCUAGUGAUGUUCGCCCUCCAAGCAUCGGAGCUACUCUUUGAAAGACUCGAAGACAUUUAUCAAUACCAAUUCCAUCGUGAAGGCGUUAUAGGAGAAAUCAAGAAACUCAGCAGCAGACCAUUGGAUGUCGACAAGAAGUCAUCUACCUCCACGAGAAGUGAUGGCGGCGGUGGGGUUGGCAGCAGCACAGAAAGACACGGCCGUCUAGGAAACGGUGGAGAUCUUGAAGGCGACCGCGCCAGACAUCAUAGUGAUGCUAGUGAUGAUGAUGAUGCGGAGCACGACGAGGGUGACGGCGAAGACGAUGAACACAGUGACCCAGAAGACGAUGACCAUGACGACGAGAGAGACGUCGAUGACGACGAAAUUGCCGUUAGACACGAUCAUGAUAUGGACGAUUCCCAGAGUUCUGAUUCGUCUGAGGAAGAAGAAAUGCCGUCUCCACUCGCCAUUGCUGGGAUCGCCGACUUGGUUGUGAUGCGUGCAAAGAAGUUCUUGGAAAAGUAUGAUACACCAAAGGGUAAAGACAUGAAGAACAAGGCUUCCAACAUUCGGGCUGAUCUUCACAAAUUGGCGAACGACAUUGAAAUGUUCUAUCAGCAGCCAAAUUCGGUGGAGAUGGGGAACGAGCUCUUCACCCGUCUCGCAAGUUAUUUCGACGGUGAUGCACUUGAGAGCAUCACCAGUUCAGAAUUGUUGGACUCCGGCAUCAUUCGCGUGUUGGUCAAAGUCCUGUCGGAGGAUCCGUCCUCGGCAUACAGCACCGCCAGGGCACAUCUUGUGUCAGCAUUCAUGGAAUCAACCAACUCGGGCAAAAUCAAGACAACCUCUGCAUCCUCAGCAGCUACGCCCUUCAGCGUGCUCAUACAAAAGCUUCAGGAUCUCCUCAGUCGUGCUGAACAUUUCGAGGUUCUCACUGUCAACAAUAACGCCUCUGAGAGCAGUCGCAGCAGCUCUACUUCCAUGCUUUCGCGCCAGCUCCGACUCAGAUUGUCAGCCGAUGCUGACAGUGACAUUCCUCUGACUUAUCGUGAGAUGAUCGUCUCCAUUCAUGCCAUUGCAACGUUCAAAGCAUUGGAUGACUAUCUUCGGCCUCGGUUCACCCAGUCCGACCGCCCUGCAUCUGCUCAGCGACGCCGUGACAUGCUUCAGCAGAUUGCAAAUGCUCGUCUCGCUCACCUCUCUGGUGCCACUGAAUCAGGCUUAUUGUCACCAUAUGCGCAGGGGUUUAUGGGUAAUCUACCUAGUCCUGGAGACACAGAGUCUCGUACUGGGCCUCGACUUUCGACUCGAAUGAAGCAGCAAACCGAGGAGAGACAGGGUUCUGCGGAGAAGAAACCUGAGAAGGCCGAGCGAAAACGAGUCACCCGACGCAGUCAGGCUUCUUCAUCAAACCAAGAACCGCCGCCGCCGCCGCCGCCGCCGCCUCCGGAGCCCAGUUCUGAAGCCACCCCCAACAAGCUUGAAUGCGCCGAUGAAAAAGUUCUGGAAGACGACGAGACACCUGAUGGUGAGGGUGCGCUCGAGGCAUUCGUUGACGGUCUUGAAGACGAUAUGUCAGAUGACGAUAUGCCAGAACCGGGAGCAGUGAACAUGGAACUUGGCUCUUCUGGAAAAGUGACAGCCCGUCAAGAGGAUGGCACGAGAGUAUUCACCCCUCAGCCUGGCACCCCUGUUCCCGGAGGCACUCGACCCCCGUCUUCGGCACAGUCUCCCGGACCAUCCCCAGCAGGAAGCGGUGGACGUCCAUCACACCCUGCUGCACUCUCGUCAACUCCGCAGGACUGGCACAUUGAAUUUAGCAUUGACGGCAAAAUUAUUCCCAACAACACUACCAUUUAUCGAGCCGUCCACCACAAUCGGGAUCAACCUCAAGACCUGUCUUCGCGUAGCAUCUGGUCCGGUGUCCACGCUGUCAAAUUCAGAAAGGUCCGAGGCCCUCCACCCAACCCAUCAACUCUGUCUGGAUGGAGCGAGCCAGAAAAGCAGGGCCCAAGUGACGGCCUACCUGCUUCCGUCGAUGGUCACCCAAUUACUUCUUCGAUUCUUGCGUUGCUCCGGAUCCUUCACGAGCUUAACGCGAAUCUCAACGAGAUUCAGGAGGUCAUUGGACGACCAGGCCUCAAGCUCUAUCCCGAGUCCUUGGCGUCUUUUAUCAAUACCAAACUGACCGCGAAAAUGAAUCGUCAGCUGGAGGAGCCAUUGAUCGUUGCCAGCAACUGCCUUCCAGAUUGGAGCGAAGACCUUGCUAGGUCCUUCCCUUUUCUGUUUCCCUUCGAGACUCGGCACUUGUUCUUGCAGUCAACUUCCUUCGGAUACUCACGGUCUAUGAUCCGCUGGCAGAACAGUCAAUCGGAGAGUGAUGACCGUCGUGACCGUCGAAGAGAUGACAGACCUAUGCUUGGCCGACCUCAGCGCCAGAAAGUGCGCAUUUCUCGCCAUCGGAUCCUGGAGUCUGCCAUGAAGGUUAUGGGAAUGUAUGGUGCUUCGCCGAGCGUUCUGGAGGUCGAGUACUUUGAAGAGGUUGGCACGGGUUUGGGCCCUACUCUUGAGUUCUACUCGACCGUAUCGAAGGAGUUCUCGAAGAAGAAGCUGAAAAUGUGGCGCGAGAACGACUCUGCUGAUAACGACGAGUUCGCAUUUGGAAAGAAUGGGCUUUUCCCAACCCCAAUGAGCGAGGCAGAGACUCAUACCGAAGGUGGCAAGAAGCUGUUACUCCUGUUCAAAGUGCUCGGAAAGUUCGUUGCUCGCUCCAUGCUUGAUUCUCGCAUCAUCGACAUCUCCUUCAGUCCUACCUUCUUCAAAAUAGGGGGCAUAUCAACUGCAGUACCAUCGAUUGGGUUAUUGCGCACUAUUGAUCAAGACCUGGCCAAUUCUCUGUCUCAACUGCAGCAAUUUGUCAAGGCCAAAACAAAGGUCGAACUUGAUCCAUCAAUGACAAAGACCGCGAAAGCGCAGGCAAUUGAUAAUCUCACAAUUCGUGGUGCCAGAAUUGAGGACCUCAUGCUCGACUUCACUCUUCCUGGCUAUCCGGGAAUUGAACUGAUUGAAAACGGGUCCAAUGUCGCCGUGACUGCGGACAACGUUGAGACGUACAUUGAAAGAGUACUCGAUAUGAGUCUAGGAAGUGGAGUUCGGCCUCAAAUUGAAGCCUUCCAAGCCGGAUUUUCCCAGGUGUUCUCGUAUUCCUCCUUGAAGGCAUUCACCCCUGAUGAGCUGGUCAUGCUGUUUGGACGCGUCGAUGAGGACUGGUCUAUUGAGACCUUGAUGGACUCUGUUAAAGCAGACCAUGGCUUCAACAUGGACAGCAAGAGCGUCAAGAAUUUGUUACAGACAAUGUCAGAGCUCACCGCUUCUGAGCGUCGUGACUUCUUGCAAUUUGUCACUGGCAGCCCCAAACUUCCAAUUGGAGGUUUCAAGAGUCUCACACCCAUGUUCACUGUGGUCUGCAAGCCAAGUGAGCCUCCUUACGCGUCGGACGACUAUCUUCCCAGUGUGAUGACUUGUGUCAAUUAUUUAAAGCUUCCCGACUACACUUCGCAGCAUAUUUUGAAGGAAAGAUUAUUUGUGGCUAUCCGUGAGGGUCAAGGAGCAUUCCACUUGUCCUAA